AUGGCAUAAUUAAAUUAUGUAAUAAAUUAAUAAGGCCAAAAAGAAGUGAAUAAAUAAUGUGAAUUUUUAUAACAUUAUGACUUGAUUGAGAGACUCAUGAAGCACCAUUAAUGUUUCAAAUAUUAAUUAAAUUAUAUUAACAUAAUUUUCUAUAAGUUACUUGAAUAUAUAUAUAAAAAACAAAAGGACUCUCAAUAAUAGAUUUAGGGGGAAUGUUUUCUAACUUAAAUGAUUUAUUUUCUCCACAAUUUAUCUGGAAUAGAUUUCCAUCUUCUUGUUAACAAUUUGAUUAAGAUAUUAUAUGGUAAUGAAAGGAAAAUCAAAAUUAAAGCAACAAGUAGUUGACAUGAUGAUAUAUCACUAUUAUAAUGGUUAAGAUAAUACCUAAUUAUUAUUGAAGCUAUCAAUUUUAACAUCAUAGAGAUUAUAUUUAAACAUAGACAUAUUUUGAUCAUUUACUUCUUGUUAAUUAACAUAUGGAAGAACAAUAUUUUUUCCAGAAUAAUUAAGACAUCA